AUGGGGCCAGAACCCAGAAUGGGGGGAGUCGGGUACCAGACACGCAGCUCCACCUACGAUGGCACUCACACACCCACCUCCUUCACCAGCAUGCUGUCAGAGCUGCACCACGGACGGGCGUACACCGAUGUGUCGCUGGUGUGUGACGGGGGCAUCGUGAGGGCCCACCGCGCAGUGGCUUUCCCUCUGCUCGCCCUACCUAGCUGUGGUGCUGUCACUGUGGUGCUGUCGGCAUGCCCAGAUACUGAUGCUCCUCUACUACUGCCGGAGGUGCCUGUUCAGGAUGUGCUGUACCUGGUGUCCUUCAUCUACAGAGGCCAGGUGGAUGUGCACCAACAGCACAUUGCCUCCUUCUUGAGGACUGCCAAGCAUCUUCAUGUGCUGGGCCUGGAGGAGGGAGACAGGAAGCCUUAUGAGUACACCAGUCUGCUGUAG